AUGCCGGCUCUUCUUUCCAGAACGGUCUUGUCUGCUCUGGUUUCGUGUGGCCUGGGUCUCAGCGACUUCGCAACUAGUUAUGGCUUUGUAAAUGCGGUAAGGCAGGACCACUUGCGGUAUCGGUACGCCUUCCUGAAAAAUGCUGUUCUUAGCGAGGAGGCGCCUUCGGGUCAAAGUGUGGACGGAGCAUUGGGUAACCGGCUCUCACCACUUUUUUCCCCAUCGUUUGUGGAACUCUCCACGCAGUCUGCCUCUGAGGCAGACGAAGAAGAGGAGUCUGGAGGCUCGUCAAAGAGAUCAGACAGUGACAAUGAUGGGGACGACAAGGAUGGAGACUCGCAAGAAAAGAAUGGAGGCGAAGGGUCCGAGAAGGAUGAUGACGGGGAUAACAGCCAAAAGGAUGAUGAUGCACCCAAAGGAGGUGGAAAGAAGAAAGAGGAAUCGGAUUCCGACUCAGAAUCAGUGGAACAUGAAAAGAAGAAAGGGGAAUCUGAUUCUGAUUCCGAAACGGAGAAGCACUCGCAAGAGUCGGCAAGCCACAAAGAAGAUGAGGAUCAUGACAGUGCCCGCAACAGUUCGGAAAGUGCCACAAAAGACACUACGAACGAUGAGAAACCACCGGCGGAAGGGGAACAGAAAGAUAACAACGUACCGAACGACCAGGACCGUGAGAGAAUCAUUUCACGACUCACGAAGCUUUUGAGCAACUCCAGCGGACACGCUCUCUUGGGUAGACUACACGACGUCAUGACGGAACACGAGCAAGCGGAAGAACGCAGAGCUGCCGAAGAGGCCAAAAAAAAAGAAGAGGAGACCAAGAAGAAGGAAGAGGCGAAGAAGGAAGCUGAAGAGGCGAAGAAGGAGGCUGAGGCUAACGAAGAGAAACUAAAGGAGGAAACUGAAAACGCUAAGAAGGAAGAGACCAAAAAGGAGGCUCCUGUUAAGGAUCUGCUUCUCACCCAGCAACUAAAUGCUCUCUGGAUGCUUCCAUUCCUUAACGAUGAGCAGAGGAUGGCGACGUGCCUCUCUGGCUUUGAGAAGCUUACAAAGCAAAGUAGAAUCGUUUGUCAAGACCCUGCUUGCAUGAACCUCGAGCGGAACCGGGCAUGCGCCUUCCUGGAUGUGCAAUCAAUUGAUCGGGCACCGCAGGACGAGGAGGAACCCAGAACCAUUCACAUUGGUUUUGAUCCUGCAUGUAAAGAUGCCGCGCAGCUCGGCAUGAAGCUGCUUGACCUGCUCCAGCACCCGGUCAAGCAGCACGAGAUGGAGCAGCGAUUGGAAACUGUUGGCACGGGAGCGCAAGUCCCUACUCUUACGAAUCAUCUGGAUCUCGUCUGUGAUGGAAAGGAUCCUGCCGCACAUCCUACGUGCAACGCGGUUUCUCAGGCACUGAGGAAUGUGCCGCAUCUGGGGCCUAAGAAUUUGCCCAGCAUGGUGGUCCUUGCUGAUAUCGCGGAUAUUCCUAACACUAUCGGAAUGUUUCGCAUUGUGACGAUAUUCGAGGGACGCGUUCCACUUGUAGAUGAUAAGGGAAAUGUCCUGAACAAGAACGGAGCGAAACUCGGUGAUACAGCAGCGGGCAAAGUUUUCAGAAACUUGCACUCUCUGGAGCGAUAGAAGACAAGCCACAGGCACAGAUGGUUGUGCUCCGGGUACGAAUGAUUGUCUGUGACACAGCGUUCAACUUGGUCAUUCGUUGUCUUUCCCUCCACAAAGGUUUACAAGUCGUUGCGCAUCUUAACGGGGUG